AUGUGGAGUGUGGCCAGGGAGAGACCUGCUGCAUGGGAAGGCCCCAAACCACCACCCCCUGAGGGCGUGAAGUCCAAUCCCUCCAAGCGGCAUAGAGACAGACUCAACCAAGAGCUGAACAAGCUGACUGGCUUGUUGCCCUUUCCUGAAGAUGUGGUGGCCGGGCUGGACAAGCUGUCGGUCCUGCGCCUCAGCGCUGGCUACCUCCGCGCCAAGAGCUUCUUCAGCGUUGCUCUAAAGAAUCGUGGUACCAAAGAAGCGGAGAGGGAUGGAGACUGGAGCAAGGGACCAGCUCUGGGCUCGACAGCGGUACCGGAGGGCGAGCUGCUCCUACAGGCCCUCAAUGGCUUCGUGCUGGUGGUGACGUCAGAAGGACUGAUAUUUUACUCCUCGCAUACAAUUCAGGACUAUCUGGGAUUUCAUCAGACAGAUGUCAUGCACCAGAGUGUCUUUGAGCUGAUCCACACCGAGGACCAGCAGGAUUUUUCCGAGGACCAGCAGAAAUUCAGGCGCAACCUCCACUGGGCACUCAAUGCACCCCACACUCCUGAGGGUGAGCCUUCUGCAGAAGGGGGGAAAAGUCUUGGCUCUUCUGCUGUCACCUGCAAGCCAGAUCAGCUGCCCCCAGAAAACUCCUCCUUUCUGGAAAGGAGCUUCGUGUGCCGCUUUCGCUGCCUCCUGGAUAACUCCUCCGGCUUCCUGGCUUUAAACCUUCAAGGAAGGCUGAAAUUCCUUCAUGGGCAGAACAAAAUGUCUGAAGAUGGGUCUGCGCUGCCACCCCAGCUUGCUCUCUUCGCUAUCUCCACGCCCUUGCAGCCCCCAUCCAUCCCGCAGAUCCGAACCAAGAACAUGAUCUUCAGGACAAAGCACAAGCUGGACUUCACCCCCUUGGCAUGCGAUGCCAAGGGGAAGAUGGUUUUGGGCUACACUGAGGCAGAGCUGCAGAUGUGUGGCACUGGCUACCAGUUCAUCCACGCUGCUGACAUGCUCUACUGUGCGGAGAAUCACGUCAAGAUGAUGAAGACGGGCGAGAGCGGCCUGACAGUCUUCCGCCUGCUGACGAAGGAGAACUGCUGGAAGUGGGUGCAGGCCAACGCGCGGCUUGUCUACAAGAACGGCAAGCCUGAGUACAUCAUUGUCACACAGAGACCUCUCGUAGAUGAAGAAGGACGAGAGCACCUUCGGAAACGGUCCAUGCAUCUUCCCUUUACCUUUGCUACAGGAGAGGCACUCUUAUACCAAAGUGCUUACCCUCUCCUAGGCUUCCCUGACACUUUCCAGAGCAAAGGGAAAACGAGCAAGUCCAAGAAGACCUCCCACAGCCACAGAGGGCGCUCCCAGAAGGAUGGCGUUGACCCCAGUUCUCUGCUGGGCACCAUGAUGCGACAGGACAAGGCGGUGUACAUCUCCCAUCCAGCUCCCGCACCUAACCACUCCUUCGGCAGCAGUUUUGUGGACCACCCUGAGGAUGUGUCCUUGCUGGAUGCAGGAGGAAAUGCCUGGAGUAUGGAUGCUGCUCCAGGUUCUUCAAGCGGGCACAGCCUCAAAGAGGAACUGGUGGAUUUGCAGCAGGAGGACCCUCUCUUGGCCACCCUGGACUCGCUCUCAAUUAAGAGUGAUGAGAGCUGUUCCAACAAUGAGCUGUUCAGUGCGCUGGAGGACCUGGGGUUAAAUGCUGAAGACCUGGAGCUCCUGCUGCUGGAUGAGAAAAUGGUGAUGGUCAAUAUGGACCCUGACCACACCCCAUCCCUGAACAACUGCCUCUCCAGCAAUGAGAUUCUCUCCUACAUCCACACCACUCUGGUGAACAAGCAUGAGGGAGGACAACAGGUCUGUCCCCUGCCAGGUGUGUCCCCAAGCCCGCAUAGAGGCACCGCUACGUACCAGGCCCACAUGGAGGACAAGGACUCUCAGUAUGUGCCCCAGCAAGUGGUGCAGCCCAGCAUUGUCCCAGGCCAGCCCCUUGCUCCACUGUGGGAACAGCCUCUCCACAGUAUGCCAGGACAGCUGCCCCCGCUGCUGCCAGAGCUGGCUAAGGAGGAGGAAGAGCCGUCUCAUGGCUCACAGUGGAGGCCAGCUGGGGAGGAGGGUCUGCUCCGCUUCCUCCAGCUGGCAUGGGGCACCCCAUGGGAUAAGACACCUGGCUCACCCCCAGGAGCCCCCUGCCUGCAGCAGCCACCCAGGGCUCUGCAGCUGGAAGGUGACUUCCCAGCCAUGCAUCCCACUCCAGAGGAUGCUCACCCGUCCUUUUCCCUGCCCAGCCAGUGCCAGGGCCGCAUGAGACCACCCAGCCAGCCGAAAAUGAAUGGGUUGUGCAGCCACAGCCCUGACUCUGCUCCACACCUCCUUCCCAGCAGCAGCCCCAGUCCAUGGCAGGACUAUGUUUGCCCGCUCCUGGGGUCCCCAGGUCAGCCUGGUUUUUAUGGCAUCAGCCAAGAGUUGGUCUCCCAGCACCAGGGGUGCUUGAGUCCAGGGCCUGGCGUGCUGGCGGUACACUUUAACCUGAAUGGAUUAUGCAGCAUGGGAACUGUGGGCAGGGGCGGGUCCCAGGAAGAGAUGGUUCCAUGCUCCAGGUUUUCCCCCCCCUGCUCAUAUCAGCUUAUUCCUGAGAAGCAGCCAAGCCCUGUUCCCUCCAUGCCCCAGCACCCUUUUCUGAGCUUGUCUGCAGAGCACUUAAGGAGCAUCAGCAGCCCAUUGGAGACUCCCGUGAACUCCUAUGGGACAUAUGCCUCCACGCUGAGCCAGGAGAGCAGGCACAGGCCUGAAAGCAGCUGUGUUUUACCCAGUGCUUCCAUGGGACUCCCUGGAGACUGCCCAGUGCUGGCGGGGAGGCCAGCUCCCUCCAGCCAGCUGCAGCCCCAGACAGAAGUGCUGCCAGAUCACCCUCAUGCCUCCAGCAGUGACUUCUGUCUCUAG